CAGGGGAUGAACAGCCAGUACGUCCGCCGAGAGGUCUUCUGCGGGAAUACCUGCCACGAGCUCAAACGCUUCUGGGAGAGAGAGAUUGGCAAACAGACAUUCUACCGCCAGUCCGAGGAGUACCGCCUGGGAAGGAGCGCGCUGAGAAAACUCAGGGAAGAAUGGAAGCAGAGGCUGGAAAUGAAGCUGAGACUGCGGAACAAUCCAGAGGAGGUGGAAAGGCAGACAAGCUGA